ACGUCAUUCAAUCAUGUAAACAACAUUGUCUUAACAGCAUCCGCCCAAAUCUCUAGCGACUUCUCUAAAGCUCUAACAAACUAUUUCCCAAUAUCAAAGUAAAUGGCGAAUACGGCUACGAGCCCCGGCGGAGAUGGCGGAGAAAGCGGCGGUUCGGUUAGGGAGCAGGACAGAUACCUACCAAUAGCGAAUAUAAGCAGGAUCAUGAAGAAGGCGUUGCCUCCCAACGGAAAGAUUGGGAAAGAUGCUAAAGACACUGUCCAAGAAUGCGUCUCUGAGUUCAUCAGCUUCAUCACCAGCGAGGCAAGUGAUAAGUGCCAGAAAGAGAAAAGGAAAACUGUGAAUGGUGAGGAUUUGUUGUGGGCAAUGUCAACAUUAGGAUUUGAGGAUUACUUGGAACCCUUAAAGGUAUACCUUGCGAGGUACAGAGAGUUGGAGGGGGAUAAUAAGGGCUCAGGAAAGAGCGGGGAUAGUAACAACAGAGAUGCAGCUGGGGGUGUUUCUGGUGAAGAGUUGCCGGUAGUAUAGAGUCCAAUGCUACAAGCCUACAACCUUUCUAGCUGGUGAGGCUAGAAGUUGCAAGUGAGCUCUUUAGAGAUAAAGAACAACUCCAACAUGAUCAAGGGAUAUUAGAGACCAGUGUGUUGUCUUUAGAUUUGAGCUGGUCGACUACUUCUAUUUAGAGAUUCUAUUUCGCGUUUAUUGUCAGUUUCGGUUAUGUGAUCAUUUGAGAACUUUGGUUAUCUGUUUCCGGUUUAGUUGGUUGUAGUUGAAGAUAUGAGAAGUAUUUGAAAGAAGAAAAAGUUUCUCCACUAUCA